CGAAUAGACACACACACUUUGGAUGGAACGCCCGUUGCAGGUCACCACCGAAGACUUGGUAUAUUAUGCGGAAGUACCAAAGCGUGACUUGAGGUCAGACAUUUUGCAGUCAAAAUGUCCAGAUUAGCAGAGCUUUUUGACAGUGAAAUUCCUGGAGGACGAAAAGAAUUGCAGGACAGUCAUGCGAAUCUGCUAGAUGUGGCGUCUUACUGUGAAGACAACUAUCUAAAGGCUGCGAACAAGGCAGAUGCCUUGGCAGAGACCAAACAGUAUGCUACCCAGUCGCUGGCCAGCGUGGCCUAUCAGAUCAACACCUUGGCUACCAGCAUGCUGCAGAUGCUGGAUUUACAAGGAGUACAACUCGCUGACAUGGAGUCUAGUAUUAAUCACAUAGCAAGGAAUGUCAGCAUCCACAAAGAGAAAGUUUCCCGAAGGGAAAUUGGUGUGCUAACGACCAACAAGAAUUGUCCCCGCACUCACAAGAUCAUCGCACCGGCCAACCCAGAGAAACCCAUGAAGUAUAAAUCCUCCCCGAUCGACUAUAACGUUCUGGAUGACACCGGACAUGGCAUGAAACUCAGUAACCCCCCAAGAGCCGGCCGCACCCCGGACAUGGGCAAGCAGCGCACUGACUCCAUCAGCAGUAGUACCAGCACUAUGAGUAGCCAGGACAAUAACUUCCCCAUCUACCAACCGAUGCCGGGCGCCAAGUUUGGCUCCUGGGGUAGAACCAGCCGACGCCCCUCUGUGCCGCCCAAUGCACCCGUUGUGCCGCCCAAUGCACCCGUGGUACCUAAUACCUACUCAGUCAGAGAUCAAGGGCCGGCCCAAGGCUCGCCCCAGUUGGGCAGACAGCAGCGCCCACCCUCAUUAGCAUUUGGUCAAGCCCCGCCCCCGCCCAGUCAAAUUGGUAUGGCCCCUAUGGGGGCGCCUCCUGCACCACCAGCCUUUCCCCCAGAACCAGGGAUGCCCAACCAAGGCCAUCGUACGUCUAUGUCGAUUUACAGUGCUCCACCUCCUGCGAUGGCUCCUCCCCCGAUGGCCCCUCCCUCGAUGGCUCCUCCCCCAAUGGCCCCACCUCCUCCUGUAGUCUCCGGGGGAGAUAUGGGGGCAAGGAGGAGUGUGCCACGUGGGGAUGGGAGUGGCAUGAUGAUGAUGAUGCCGCCUCCCCCUCCUCCAGAUAUGAUGGGUCCACCAGGUAUCAUGCCCCCACCACCUCCGCCAGAUGCAACCAUGGAGUUGUCAUCAUUACCCCCUCCCCCGCCCAUGGAUAACACCCCUUACCCAGCCAACAUGGGCAUUGCUGAUGAUGAGAUGCCCCCACCACCGGAGUUUGUUCAGACUAGUGACGUGGACCUAUCUGCCCCCGCAGACUACAUAGAUAAAGUGAUCGCCAUCUAUGACUACCAGCAGACACGGGAUGAUGAGCUGACUUUCCAAGAAGACGACAUCAUCUACGUGUUGAAAAAGAACCCGGACGGGUGGUUCGAGGGUAUCCUGAAUGGCCUCACAGGGCUGUUUCCCGGCAACUAUGUCGAGGCAGUGCCGUAAGAAUUGACUUUUUUUGUCGGACAGUGUUUUUUUUUUCGUGGCCUGUAUCGUUAAGUAUUUGUUUGUAAAAGCAUACUCUUCAUUCUUUCCAUAAAAAUACAAACAAACAAAAUCACAUUUAGCAGGGUUUAACUUAUGUAGAUUUAUUCCUUGCCUGGACUCAAUAUCUUGAAGUUGCAAAGCCAAAAAUGUUGCCGGGGAAUUAAUGAGUUAAAAUCUACGAUUAAACGUGGGUUCAAGACUACGCACAUAUAUAAUGUUUUUUAGUGUCCCUGCAUCAUAGUAAACGAGGUCAUCUAUCAACAGAUCCUUUUAUGGACUAUGGUUCAUGCCCCAGUGACAUGCUCAGAAUUUGGCGGGAAAAGUGUCGAGAUGCCAUAAGUUUUUGAACACUUUUUAUAUAGCUU